CCUGACCCUCUGUCCAGACAGUGCUGAUUGGCACUGUGCCGAACACAUGCACCUUCCCAAAAAGAAAGCUCUCCAUACACACCAAACUGAGCAUGUGCAGAGUGUCUCCUAGGGCUUUCUAUUAUCAGCAGAUAGAUUGGGAACUAGAAGACAGGAUCAAACAGGCUUUUUACACAAUGUGGAGGAUUAACCCCUUGGGUUCCACAGUGAGUAUAACAAGCAUGCUUUACUGCAUAUACAGACUGAUUUUACUGUUGUGGUUUUGG